GCUGGGGGUGCAGCCUUUGUCCCCCCCCAGCCCCGCCAUGGCGCGAUGCCCCUGGCCGUGAGAUGGCCGUUCCCCGCAGGCCCGCCGCUCUGCAGCCGCCUGGUGCUGGGCCUGGUGGGCACCUACAGCUGCCUGUGGACCCGGUACCUGAACCGGCUGCGGGUGCACAAUGCUGAGGUGCUGCACGAGUUGGUGGAGCGACGGGGGCCGCAAACCCCCCUCCUCACCCUUUCCAAUCAUCAAUCCUGCAUGGAUGACCCACACCUAUGGGGCUCUCUGAAGCUUCGCCACAUUUGGAGCCUUCACAAAAUGCGCUGGACGCCCACAGCCGCUGACAUCUGCUUCACCAGGGAGCUGCACUCGAGGUUCUUCAGCUUGGGGCGCUGCGUCCCGGUGUGUCGAGGUGAGGGGGGAA